AUGGCCGAUAUCGAUCAUACAUCUCCUGAGCUGCGUCAGGACAAGAAGUGUGAUAUCUGCUCUCGGUGCUUCGCAAGAUCUGAACAUUUGGCAAGACAUCGACGAACUCAUACCAAGGAGAAGCCGUUCACUUGCCCUUAUUGCCGCAGGUCCUUCCAGCGAUCUGACGUUAAAGCUGUCCACGUUAAAAAGUGCCACGCGGCUCCAUCAGAUCAUGCCAACGGGGAUGUCGGCCGGGAGGGCUCUGCGCGCAAGCGAGUUCGAAUCGCAUGCGACGGCUGCCGGAAACGAAAAAUGCGUUGCGAUGGGAAUGAACCAUGUGCUCCAUGUCGAUCAGCCACCUCGGAUUGCCACUACACGGUAUCAACGGCACCUUCCACCACGCCGAGCAUUUCAUCACAAGUCGAACUCAACAAUGAAGAGGCCCAAAUGUUCAUAUCCAACGGAUUCGACACGACUGCUGCCGAGAGUCAACGUUCCCGCUCGCUCUCAUUCAUGACCCAACACCCGGCGCUGGAAAACCAACCAUCUUUUGAUGAGGGCAUGGAAGGACUUCAAACUUAUCAAAAUCCAAUGCCGUUAUCGUUUCCAGACCAAACAGGAAUGCCAAUGUACGGCACUGUUAUCGGCAACGAGCACAAUACUAGUAUCUCUCUUCAACCCGAUGAUCUCCUGUACCCAGUACCGGACCCCGAUGGCUUGAAUGAUUUCUGGCAAAUGCCUACUAUGAACAGUCAAUUCUGGUUCGAUGGGUCCGAUUUUGCUUGGAGCGAUAAUUUCUUUGAUUCAAACUCGCCUCUUCUGGAUCAUGUACUAUCGUCCUCCAUGCAGAGUCUCACCGCCACCAUGCAAGAAUACUUUGACAGGAAAUCGCGAGCACCUUCACCUUCACUCAACAAAGCCAGCAAGAUGUGGUACUCAGCCCCUCCGAAUUUGGACGACCACAACAAGGACAUUGUGAGAGUGUUCCUCAAUAUAUUCCGAAGGCACAUACCGGAGACGUUUUCGCUGUUCAAGGACCCAGCCGUGAGUAGGAAGAAUCGGGCAGAAUAUACUUUGGCAGUGGCGGCCACAGGAGGAUUAUUCUGUACAGUGCCUGGAAGUGCCGAAGUUGCGAAAUCCAUGUACAAUGAUGCGCGAAGAUUAUUGUUGGCAUCCUUCAGCGUCAGAAAUACCUUGGAUGAUUUAUCUACGACUCCAGAGGACAAGCUUGCUACAGUCAAGACGUUCAUCCUCCUAGAACUGUACGGUCUUUGCAGCGGCGACAAAAGGAGCUACGAAUUCGUCGAAGCCUUCCACGGAAAUCUGAUUCACGCCGUCCAAGAGUACAGCCAGGCAUGCGAGAAAUCCGCAUCAAGAAGCAGAAAAGACAUCGAUAGCACUCGACUACUUGAAGCCUUAUAUAUCCUCGACUGCUAUCGGGCCAUCGUCAUGCAACGCCCGCCUUCUUUAUCCUGGCAGCAUGUCCACGCAUUGAGCCAAACGUCUUCCCCUAGCAGCCAGGUCGCUCAGCUAUAUCAGCAAGUGCUUGGUCUCACCGAUGGUGGUUUCACAGGUGCACCAGUCGCUGGCAACGAUUUCAGCCUUGCAAGUCUAGCGUCCUUGACCUCUCACUUAUGGCCGGCGAUGUAUCCACGUCAGAAUAGAUAUGGCGCAGACAAUGUGUCUGUGGAAAGUCUGUCUCUCUGGAAGCCGGACUUCCCAGAGCUAGCCUGCAGUACUUGGCUUCGAUCGCAAGGCGAAGGUCUGAAUUUUUCAUGUCUUGCAGUUUACCAUAUGAUGAACAUCAUGCUUCAUGCCAACCUCACUGUGCUGCAAAGUUUUGCUCAUUCUCCUCCAGGCUCGGCAGCACGAGAUCCGAAAAAGAGCCUUGCGGCACGGGAGGUACACGCAUGGACCCAGGAUCGACACUACAAGAUUGCACGUUGGCAUGCCGAACAGAUGAUUGUGUCGGUUGAAGGAGCUUUCACCGCUACAGCCAAGACCGACCAGCAAGGCUCACAACAGCCCCAAUCCCGGUCUUCAUUUUCCACCUCGGAACCUCGAAGAUUACCACAUGAAGCACCUCAUGUGCCUUAUGCAAUAUACUACGCUACACUCGUCCUUUGGUGUGGUGCAGUGAUCGAGGAAAGAGGUGGUGCACAUCCGGCAUCCGUUCAAGCUCCCAUCGCAAGAGGUGAAAGGAUCUUGUCUUUACAUAAAGUCCACAUUGCUCAGCUUCUAGCUCGCGUACUAAACGAGAUCAAAUAG